UGAGUAAAUCGCAUUUAUAAUAAAAAUGUGCCGGUAUAUUUUGAUGAGCUCUCGUAUUUUUCAAGAUGGCGGUGUCUACUCGGUCCAACAACAAAUUUAUUUAAUUUACGCAAAACAUUACGAAUUAAUGAGGCACAAUGAGUUCACGAAGGUGGUUUUGGCCCGCUAUCACCGGCAUUGAAGCCGAAAAAUUGUUAAUGGAAAGAGGUGUAGAUUGCAGUUUUUUGGCUCGACCCAGUUCCUCUAUUCCCGGCGAUUUUACACUUUCAGUUAGACGAAAUGGUGAGGUCACACACAUCAAAAUCCAAAAUUCUGGAGACUUCUACGAUUUGUAUGGAGGAGAAAAAUUUGCAACAUUAUCUGAAUUGGUACAAUACUACAUGGAAAAACAGGGUCAACUUAAAGAAAAAAAUGGGGAAGUUAUAGAGCUUAAGUUUCCUUUGAACUGUGCUGAUAUCACUAGGGAACGCUGGUUCCAUGGACAUUUAUCCGGCAAAGAGGCCGAGAAACUUCUGCUUAUGGACAGAGGAAAAAACGGCAGUUUUUUGGUCCGGGAGAGCCAAUCGAAGCCCGGCGAUUUUGUUCUCUCCGUCCGGACUGACGACAAGGUCACGCACGUCAUGAUCCGGUGUACUACAGAUAACAAGUAUGACGUCGGCGGCGGGGAGCAGUUUAACAGUUUAGCCGAUCUGAUCGACCACUACAAAAAAAAUCCUAUGGUUGAGACUACUGGAACAGUGGUUCAUUUAAAGCAACCGUUUAAUGCGACCAGGAUUAAUGCAUCUGGAAUAGACUAUAGAGUUAGACAACUGCAGAACGACAAUUAUGGUAAAGCAGGAUUUUGGGAAGAAUUCGAAUCCUUGCAGCAACAGGAAGUCAGGAAUUUGUACAGCAGGCAUGAGGGCAACAAAAAUGAGAAUAGGCACAAAAAUAGAUACAAGAAUAUUCUACCUUUCGAUGAUACCAGGGUAAAACUAAAAGAAGUGGAUCUUAAAGAAGCAGGGGCGGAUUAUAUAAACGCAAAUUAUAUAAAAUGGAAGGCUGACGAAACAAUAGGAGAACUAGGUUGCGAUCCCAGCGGAAAAUUGUACGUGGCAACGCAAGGGUGUUUACCAGCGACCAUCAACGAUUUUUGGCAGAUGGUGUGGCAGGAGAACUGCCGCGUGAUAGUGAUGACGACCAAAGAGAUCGAGCGCAGCAAGAACAAGUGCGCGCGCUACUGGCCCGACCCUGACGACGCCAAGGACUACGGCAAAAUCAAGGUGAGAACCGUCAGCGAGUCGUCUCGGCCGCACUACACGCUGCGCGAGUUCGCCGUCUCGAUGGAGGGCGCCGGCGAUCGCAAGGUGUUCCACUACCACUUCACCGCGUGGCCUGACCACGGCGUGCCCUCCGACCCCGGCUGCGUGCUCGAGUUCCUGCACGAGGUCAACAGGAAGCAGGAGACGCUGCAGGGCGAGCUGCCGGCCAACCAGCCGCCGGGCGCCAUCUUGGUGCACUGCUCGGCCGGAAUCGGCCGCACCGGCACCUUCAUCGUCAUCGACAUGAUUUUGGACCAGCUCAAGAAGAAUGGUCUUGACUGUGAAAUAGAUAUACAACGCACAAUUCAAAUGGUCAGAUCGCAAAGAUCUGGAAUGGUACAGACUGAAGCCCAGUACAAAUUUGUAUACUUAGCGGUACAACAUCAUAUACAGGCAAUUCUGGAUAGACUUAAGGCUGAUCAGAAAUCUAUGCAAUUCGGCAGAGAGUACACCAACAUACGAUACAACAGCGAUUUCGGUAAUGCGACGUUGCCAAACCCUAACAACGCGACGUCGUUCGGGAGUGUACUCUCCUUGAAUUCUCGCUGCGGGAGCGUCUAUAUUCCGCCCCCCACUCCCACCGUUACCCUCGUCAGACAGGAAGUGAAAAAACCGCCCAGGGUCAUCUCAGAUUUGCCACGGGCCGAUAUGAUGUACGAAAACAUUCCAAGCAACUCGAACGCAAUGGCGCCCACCCCGCCUCCAAGGAAGGCGUCGUGACGCAAAAAAACACCACCAAAAAAACAGUCCCCAGCCCCCAAUUCCAAAAUUUACUACGUGUACCUUCUUUAUGUGUUAAAAGUAACUGUGUAAGUCUACGAAAUGUUAUGAGCGUAUUUAAAUGAAAAUGAUGAAAUGGUGCUGCAGAUUACUCUUGAGUGAAUAUAUUUUAAUAUUCCAUAAAACCGCGUAUUUUUUCCAAAAAAGGACUGAAUUAUUCCGCGUUAUUUAUUUUAUAUCGCUGAAAAAAAUGUUAUGGGAGGUUGCAAUGUAUGGCGUCAAAAAUUUAACAGAAGGUACGUUUUAUGUCAAUUUAAGUAUUUUACCAUGCACAAUCUUUUAUUUGGUGCGCUAUUUUUAAAGCAUAUUUCUAUGCGUAUUUUAAAUUAUUUUAUAAAUAAACCAAUAUUGUUUUAAACAUGCUUAAUAUGGUUUAUUAUUUUUUACUAAUAUAUAUAUUUAUAACUAAAUGACAUAAAUAAUUUAUAUAUUAUGUACAAUUCCAUGAUUUUGAAGUUGUUCACAGUUUAAUGCAAACAUAACUUCCAAAGAUCAAAACAUUUAAUUGAACUUUGAACAACAAAAAAGUGAUUUUAAAUUUCGUGAUUUGUUUUUAAGUAAAAUAGUUGUAUUUUUAUAUUUUCCCUAAAUUAUUUAUAUGUUUAAGACUUUACAGGUUUCCCACAUUUCUAUUCAUUAGCCUCGCCUGUACAAAUACUUUUAAUCUGACGAUAUUGUAAACCGCAAAUUUUAAUUAAAAAUUUAACGGAUUUGCUUUUAAAGCAUUUUUAGUCUUAUAUUUUCUAGUUUUAGUCGUAAUCUAUCUAAGCAGUUUUAAUUAAAAUUUGCGGUUUUUUAUUUAAAUGCCUUUUUUCCUUACUCUGCAUACCUACAGAUUGGUGCUAUUUUUUUUUGCUUUAUAGCAGUGUGUUUUUGACCCACUGUAGCAUUUUAUGUAAAAAUUUGUCACAAUUGUUUGAAAUAAACAUGAGAAAAAAUCAA